AUGGUGUCUCCUCAAGUAACAAACCUGGGCAUCAUCCUUGUGAUGAUGCAGCUGGCGAAGAAGGUCCCCUUUGAAAACCCCGACGUUCUGCUUAUUGUGCGUUGCUUGUACAUCUUGUCCAACGUGAUCAUCCUCGGUCUCUACCUCUUCACGCAAUCGAAGAUCACGAGCAAGAAGGACAUGAGUACCCUCAAGUACGUUGAGCCCGCACCAAUGGGCACCGGCGAGGAGCCCCGUCCUGUGACUACCACCGUCAUGGACUACGACAAGGGACAGCUGCGCACCCUGAUGAAGGGCCAGCUGAUGGGUGUUGGCAUGAUGGGUGUGAUGCACCUGUACUUCCAGUACACCAACCCCCUUCUGAUCCAGUCUAUCAUCCCUCUCAAGACCGCCCUUGAGUCCAACCUGGUCAAGAUUCACGUCUGGGGCAAGCCCGCUACCGGUGACCUCCAGCGACCAUUCAAGGCCGCCAACAGUUUCAUGUCCCAGGGACAGGUCAAGAGCGACAAGGCUUCGAUCCAGAACGCGGAGAAGAACUACCGGGGCGGUGUCAAGGAGGAGUAA